AUGGGAUCCGGCCAAUUUGACAAGGCCGCUAUCUUGAGCUACGACAUCUCCGGUGUCGAGGCCCAGUCCCCCGGCUUCUCGAUCUCGCCUGAGGAGCUCAAGGCUAUCGUUGCCGCCUACUCCAGCGCUGAUGUCGCCCGCGGAAACGGUAUUACCGUUGGAGGAGAGAAGUUCAUUACCAUCCGUGCUGACGAGCGUAGUCUGUACGGCAAGAAGGGCAAGGAGGGUAUCGUCAUCGUCAAGGCCAAGUCCUGCGUCAUGAUCGCCCACCACCCCGACACCGUCCAGCUGCCCAACGCCGCUACCGUCGUUGAGAACCUCGUCGACUACAUCAACAGCGCUUAG